AUAUCAUACCGCUACAUUAAUUCAUACUAUACAUGAAUUAGAGCAUCUAGAUUUUGCGGUGUUUAUUUUAAGAUUGAACCCGUCUUUGCUGUUUAAGUUUUUUUGUUUUUCUUCCCUCAGACUUUUAGUCAUCGGUGGACAUCAACUACUCAACUACCUAAACCCAACCACUCCUAUAAUAACCCCCCUUUCUCCAUCUUUCUCCCUCACAACGUGCUCCAGUUCAUUUAACCUGAGAGGGUUUGUUUUGCUACAAGCAGAAAGGAGAGAAACAAGAACAAAAUAAUCAACUCAGAUCUCAUAUUGGCAAGUACCCUUUUGAGGAUCAAGGAGUGAAGAGUUGUUUAUUAUUAUUGUAGCAAGAUGGUUGGAAAAUUAACGGUGGUGAGGCUUGUGUUGGCCAUGUUUGUGUUGAGCUCUCUCCUUGCGACAUCAUGGGCACAGACGACAUGUGCGAGCCAUACCUUCACUAACAACAAGGUUUUCGCGACAUGCCGUGAUCUACCUCACUUAACCUCGUACCUGCACUGGACCUACGAAGAGAGCACAGGGAAGUUGGACUUGGCAUUCAGACACACAGGAAUCAGUGCAACAGACAGGUGGGUUUCAUGGGCUAUCAAUCCCAGCGGUAGCCUUAGUUCAACCAUGGUUGGAGCGCAGGCUCUGGUGGCUGUCUCGCAAUCCGGUGGUACCCCAACGGUGUAUACUUCUUCCAUCUCCAGCUACGGGACCCAGUUGGCAGAGGGAUCCAUCUCUUAUAAUCACACUGCUUUAUCAGCAACUCGUCAGAAUAGUGAGAUCACCAUCUAUGCUACCCUCACUCUUCCCAGCGGUACCACCACCUUGGUCCACCUUUGGCAAGAUGGUCCUCUCUCUGGUUCUACCCCAUCAAUGCAUGCUCAAGAUUCUUCUAACCUCCAAGCCAAGGAAAGCCUCGAUCUUGUUUCUGGUUCCAGUCAAGCUGGAUCAAGUGGGGGUUCACUCAGAAGAAGAAGAAAUGUGCAUGGAGUGCUAAAUGCGCUGAGUUGGGGAACUUUGAUGCCUCUUGGUGCCAUAAUAGCAAGGUAUUUGAAGGUGUUCAAAUCUGCAGACCCUGCUUGGUUUUACCUUCAUGUUACCUGCCAAACCUCUGCCUACAUAAUUGGUGUUGCUGGGUGGGGAACUGGUCUCAAACUCGGUAGUGACUCAGUUGGUAUCAAGUAUAAUACCCAUAGGACACUCGGGAUCGUCCUCUUCUGCCUUGGAACCCUUCAGGUUUUUGCUCUGCUUUUGAGGCCAAACAAGGAUAACAAAUACAGAUUCUACUGGAACAUUUACCACUACGCAAUUGGAUAUGCCACCAUAAUCAUCAGUAUCGUUAACAUCUUUAAAGGAUUCGACGCAUUGGAGAACUCCGUAGGGGAUCGUUACAAUGACUGGAAGCAUGCUUACAUUGGCAUUAUUGCAGCUUUGGGUGGCAUUGCUGUGCUUUUGGAGGCCUACACAUGGAUCAUUGUAUUGAAGAGGAGGAACACAGAGAGAAAGACGGCACAUGGAACAAAUGGGAUUAAUGGGUAUGGUUCUAGGCCACAGCAGGUGGUGUAGGGUAAGUGGACCGAUAGAUACUGGAUUUUUGGCUUCUGGAUCCUAUCUAUGAGUUUUGUUGUUUAACACUUGUGUCUGUAUGUAUAUUUGUUUACAUAUAUCGAGUGUCUUUAGGACACUCCCAGUAGCUUAGAGUCUGGUUUUGAUAUCAAAUUCUUUCAUAGGAUAGUGAGCACCGGGGCGUGGUUUUUUCCAUGCUAUGCCAGAGGAUACUUUGUACCGGUUUCUUCAUAUUUGUAUUUAUUAUUUCCUUUUAUCAUACACUUUCUCCAUACCAUACCUUCCUGUUUCAAAUAUCUUUAUUGUGUUAUCUCCUGGGGUUAGAUGAAGGCAUUUAAUUUUUCUUUCUUCCUUUUGGAUCGGGGCAACAGCCGAGCGGAUUUUAAUGUGUGUACAAUUUGGUAAAGUUUUCUCUCUGCAUCUUGGACAUCAACAGUGGAGCUGUGAAUAAUAAAUAGCAUAAAGGUUAAAGAGUA